AUGCGCAGUGAGAGCGUGUGGCCCGGGCAGCCCAUGUGUGCGUGUCCAUCACGCUGCCAGGCCGGGCCGAGCCGUGCACCCGCCAAGAAUCUCAGGAAACAAUCUGCUGCUGCAAUCUCUUAUUAUAGCAGCGGGCUGUGGGAGGGCACCAGCCCGCCCUCCUUCCUCCCUCAUGGCCUUUUCGGCUCGAGGUGGGUGAGAGAAGCUGUAGUCGGGUAGAUUGGCUCAUGAUAAGGUCUACUGGAAAAUGGAAGACAGAGGAUACUGUAUGCGGGCUCUAUUGGGUUGUAUACAUGAGCAAUUGACGCUCUAAGUGUGAAGCCGUUUAUGUCACAAACCCCCAAAUAACUGCUGGAAAAUGUACUUAUUUAUUUUUAAAUCAUAUCUCCUCAUAAAUGUAUCCACGGUGAAUAUUUCCUCGUCUGCCCAAAGCUCAUUCCUGAGUGAGCUGUACUCAUUUAAAAAUAGUUGCCAGGCUGUUUGUUUCAUCCAUGUGAUACUCGACACCACAGGAUCUCGUAGACCUGCACGCCAGCUCCGAGCCCCCCGUCCUGUCCCCCCAUGAUGGAAACUCUCUCUGGGACUGCUCCUCUAUUUCUGUUUGCGCCGCGGCCCGAAACCGGCGCCCGAGCGAGGGUCCCCAACCGAACUUCAUAGAGGACUUGGUUUAGAGGGUGAAGACGGUGCGGCCAGAGAGGGGAUAAGGCAGGACUCCCUUCAAGGCCUGUUUUGGGGUGGGGGGAGUUUGGAAUCACUGGAAGGCAUAAAAUAAAAGAUGGAAUAUCACCUUGGAAGGUGCACCAUGGCAGCACAGCUGUAGAGCUUAGAUGUGCUUUAAAUACUUCUGGAUGCCUUCCAGGGAAUCAGCAAGAUUUGUUCGGAUGAAGCACAACUGAGAUGCACGGCUAUUUAAAAGCUGGGACCCUGAAGGCGGGGUUCUUAAGAUCUGCAAAGAAACAUUGUAUGAGUUGCUGAGGUGACAGUUGGAGUGAACGACUCAGCUCACUGUUGGCGAUCCUGCAUUAUGACAUCAGUGGAGAAACGCCGCUCGAGCCGAAAGAAUGGCGGACAUCGGAAGCACAGCGACGGAGGUUUUAGUGACACAUCAAGCGGUGGAUCCUUAUUGGACGAGACGGACCGUGAAGUCCGUAGUCUCACAGACAAAGCCUUCAGGAGUCUCUGCGUUGGAGAAGAGGCCAUUUACAAUGACUCGGACCUUGGUCCAUCCUCACCUUGCCUUCAAAGGGACAGACAGCGCGCCUUCAGUCCGAGUGGGCUGGAGAAUGAGGAUGGUGACAGGGAGGAGCUUAAAAGAACAGCUCAUGAGAGCUUCAGCCUGAUGGUGCAGCAGUAUGAACAUGAUUGGACUCAUGACGGAAUGUAUGGGGCAGAGUUGAACAGAAAUCCACAGUGGGAUGUUUGCGGAGACGGGGCACCGGGGAGGGUUUCUGCCACAUUCCAACACUCCUUAAUGGGGAUGACCCAGGAGGAUAAAUCUCUUGAAGAAGACCCACUUAGCUAUUUUAGCAACGGAGCCACAGAUUUGAGUUUGCGGCAUCAAAGAAGCCGUUCCAGAGUUUCUUCACUCAUCAGAGCAUUUAACUCUGAGGGUGGAGCAGUUAUGGAGGAUCAACUCAGAGAGUGGAAUGAUGAGGCACGUUGGAAUAGACCAGAUUUGAUGAACAUGCCUUCACCAUAUCAGCAAAAUGUUACCAAUGGUCAUUUUUCCAUGGUUGGCCAUUUCUCAUCCCAGGACACCAACUUUUACCCCACUGAAGCAGCUGGGGUGCCUCACAUGAACGCUGCCUCCUCUUUUAUGGGAUUGUCCCACAAUAACUAUACGAUGAUGACACAAGUGGACUGUAACACCAACUUCUUUAUACACAGCGAAUUCAGUCCCUUCAGAGUAUGGCGAGACCAUAACCGGUUCCAACAAGGAGAAGUUUCAAGACAUAUGCACUGUUCAGAGUUCCCUAAGUGGAACCACACACCCAUGUACAAGGAGCUUUCACUGGAACCCCAAAUGAAUGCUUCCUCUACGUUUCAAGAGCGGAGUGGUAAGCACCACAGUACGAUGAUGGCCCCUGUGGUUCCCAACCAUCCUCUACAAUCCAUUUCAACAUCCACAAGGUUGCAGAAAGCAUCUGCCUUGGAGAAGCGCUGUGAGUCUGAGCAGGCCGUACAUUAUCCCCACAGGAUGAGGACACAAAGUCUUGGAACAAACAGAAUUCCAACCAGACGGCCAUCAACAGCAUCGCCCACUGUAGAGAUGUGUCGUCAUGUUCAGGAAACCCUCAGCUCUGUUGACGCCCUCCAUCAACAGAUCAAAAUAAUGACAGAGCAAAACAACAAUGCAGGGAUGACAGAUAAUAGACGUGGAGCUUUUCGGAGCAAUGACACUCUAUUGCCAGUCACAACGGACCGAAACGCUGCAAAUCAAAGCAGCAGUACUUUAUCCACUGAUGGUCAUAUGCUUUCGCCACAGGUUCCAAUGUCCCAAGCAGAGCCACCAGAAAGUAAACAGAAGGUAGGUUAUUCCCAAGUUAUGGAACAUCCUCCGGUGCGUGCCGAAAGCAGGGGGGCUAUGCCUGAUGUAAGGAUGUCAAGCUACAAAUCCAGAGCCAGCAGUCUCCUCUUCAAUCUCAAAGAUAACAGAAAAAGAGUGAAAAGUACAUACAGUCCUGCCAAAUUUAAAGGCUGCGAGACUACAGAAAAAAGCAGAGAACUUCCUCUCUGGGAAUCCAAAGACAUUGUGAUUGAUAUACCUGAGCAUUUACAAGGAGACAUCCAAGAAUCCAGCUGGACUGAUGGAGCCUUACAUCAAUAUGUUAAACCCUAUCACAGUCCCAGACUUUUUUCUCCUCCAUUGAAUUCUAAGCCCAACACCGGGCAAGUUUCAGACUACAAGAUGGCUCAGAGACAACAUGAAAAUGACACCAGCAAUCGUUUGACUACUGGUUUGAAUUUUAGUGAAGAGCUGCCAUUAUAUUCUCCCUUUAAACAGGACGUGGCUGGCAAUCAGGUGGUGAGAGGGGAGGUGUUCACCAAUAAAUCACCUUUUAACACCACGGACGUGAACUGGAAAAUGGGUGGAAACAAUCAAGUAACAGACUAUUUACCAAGGGAAAGUACCGAUUUGAAAGAACCAGAUUCGAGCCAUUCUACUGAGGUGGUUCAAUUAAAUCAGAACAAACACAAUUAUAGUAAUGCUUCAAAAGAAUGGUGGGGACCUCCAAAUACCCCAAAUGCAAAACAAUUGGCUCUGAAAGGAGUUGUACCUCCAUGGAAACACGACACCACACCCUUAAAAGAAAAACAACCACGUGUUCAGGCUAACCCACAAACUAUCACUGAAAAACAGAUCAUUUCACCAAGAGAUGACCAAAGAAGAGAGGGUCAGCAGGAAACAAUAAAAGAAGCACAAAGGACCCCACAGUGUAAUAUGCCUGUUAAAAACUCUAAAUUUUGUGGACAAGACAGGACAGAGAAUUAUUUACAACAGAACAAUCAUGCAAUGGUAAAUCAAGAAAUUGACGAAUCUAUGCAAAAUCAAGAAACAAGUCAGAGAAAAGUAAAAGUAUGUGCACAAACAUUCGAGGAAGAAAUGCCAAAAGUGGCCGAGCAACACAACACAUCAAAUAGCCAAAACAGUUCGCUAUCAGUCCAUGAGAGGACAGAAAGGGUCCACCAAGUGAAGGACGGACAAUUGGUUGAGGUCAAGGCUUUGAAAAACACAUUAAAACAAAUACAAUCAGAGCAGAGACAAACAGAGCAGUCUAAAGUUCCACAGUGUGCUCAUGGGGGACAUCCCAAAGACAAGUGUGCUUUGUGGCAGACUGGUUCAGUUGAAGCAGAACCAUCGCGACCAGCGCCUGAUGAAAUAACAGCAGUCAAGGUCAAAUUGGAAUAUGAUGGAAAACAAAAAGACAGAACCAGUGAGAAACCAACAAGAACGUCAACUGAAAUUGGAGAUGGUAACGAAGAAAACAAUGAUGCAAAAGUACAAGUUGAACAGAGGAGAGAGGUGCAGAGUGAACGAGUCCAUACCGAGCAAGCUGACUUGGAGGAACUUCAAGGCAAACAGAGACCAUUAGAGUCAGAAAGAACUCAACCAUCUCAAAAUGAAAACAACAUACUGGAUGAGGUUGAGGCAAAACUGAGUCGAAUUAAUCAAGAAGGUGAACAGAAAAUGUUGGAGGAAGUCAAAGCGAAAAAUGUUAGGGAAACUGUAGCAACGCAAGUCAACAAGGAAAAAGCUCUACGACAAGCUAAAAUGGAACACACUAGCACACAAAUGGAAGCGCACAGUGGAAGACACAAGCAAAAUGAAAAGAAAGCUGAGAAAGAAUCACAAGUUAACACUCAACCUAAAGAAGUGAAACAUGAGGCCAAAGAGGCAAAUUCUGUCGCCAAAAAAGCAGAACUGGCUAAGAUGGAGCUAACCAAUAUGGAGCUAGCUAAAGUCGCACUGGUAAAACACCAACACAUGAAGCAAAGACCAUCAAAGCUCACAGCAAUCCAAACAACGCAACCUCAUGUCAAGAGUGAGCCCACAAAAGUUGACCAAGUAAAAACGGAGUUAGCCAAAGCUAAAGCGGAGCUAGCAAAGAUAAAGGAAAAGAUGAAGGGGGACAAAAAGGGAAAAGUCAGGUGUACAAUUAUCACAAAGAAGGAAGGUGUUGCAAAAGAAGAUGCAGAGGUGACUCUCUUACAACAGACAGCACAAGCGCAGCAACAUGAGGACAAUUCAGCUGCAAAAAUAGCAAAUAAUUCAAAUCAUCAAGAAGAUGGGGCUGAUUAUUAUCAAAGUCUGAGAGAGAAAUAUGGCUUUACUCAUUCACUUUCACACCAAAUGUCAUCCGGGGCAAGCAUUUCUUCAAAAGAUGGCAAUUUAACUCCAUCAGCGCUGCCACUUGAUAUUACAGAAGUUAAUACCAACAAAUCAAAUGAUGAUGAUCUCACAGUCAGUGGUGAAUUCAAUAAUAAUGAGAAAGUAAAUUCCAAUAAAGGAAAUGAGAGUCUUUAUAUCUACAGCAAGUCAUCCAAUGAAUUUAAAUUAUCUCAGGCAGACAAUUUACCCCCUUGUGUAGAUAAAAGAGCAACUGGUGGCACAGUUUCGGAUAGUGGAAAGGAAGGCACAAUUAAAAAUUUUGAAUCUUCUGAUCCUUAUUCUCAUUCUGUUGUUUCACAACAGACACGUUCGGAGUCCAUUCAAAAUCCUGAAACAAAACAUAAAUCAGAGCGCCAGAAAGCAAUGCCUCCUAAAGAGAAAGCUCAGACAAAACAAGAGAUUCUGACUUCCAAAAUAAAAGCUCAUGCUGAGAAAGAGAUUUCAGCGCUGAUGGAAGGUUUCGCUUUACAAGAGGUCUUCACUUCGAAAACCGCCACCAAACCACUACCAGCUAGUCAGAGUCUUAAUUUAAAGCACAAACCUCCAUCGCACGAUGUCCUCAGAGGCCAUGGAAUCUCAAUAUCAAGUAGUGAAACAAAAUAUCAGAUAGGAUCAUCAGGAAUGGAGGAUAAGGCACUUCUCAGUUCCGAAGGAAUCGGCAAUCAAACUGUCAAUCAAACGCAGAAGGAACCUCCCAUGAAGAGUGAUGACCCCGCUCCAGACGUUGCAACCGCAGAGAUGAAAAUGACACCAGCUCAUUCUGUGAGUGCAGAGCAGCGAGCAGAUCAUCAUGAAAUCAGGUCACCAAUACAAAAUGAGGAUCAGGAAUCAAUGUACAGCAAAGAAAACACAGUAGUAAAGCUUGAUGGAAACUCUGAAAAACCGGAAUUCGAUUCACUUUUGCACAAACCUGAUCCACCCGUCGGCAGAAUGAAGUCACAGCAAGAUGAAAGCCAACAUGUAGUUGUUCACGAAGACUUUGCCUGUGGGCAGACUAUGAACUCUGUGUCAGAGGACAGUUUGUCGAUUAUGGAAAUAAUUGUGACUGAAAAAGUGAACAAUGAUCAUAAAGUGUUGAGCGCUGAGGAGGGCAAAGAAAGUAGGGCUGAGCCUGACACGUCUUUCCUCAACUCGAGUACAGAAAUGAGCGAGAAAAGUGAAUGUUUGAUCCAUAUUAACACAACACAUGCAAAGGAAAUUCAACCUACAGAAAAGGAAACGCCAAAUAAAGUUGGUAUGAAUAUUCAUCAUGAAAAAACCAUAGAGGAAAACAUCAACGAGAAUGUGGCUGAGAAAAUGGCCUCUCCCUUGCACUGUAAUAUCAAUGCAGGACCCCAAAGCGAAAUGCACGUCACAGGCCCCAUGCCUGGAAAAGAUGUAACCCCCACACUCACUUUCAGUUCUAUAAAUAAAGCACCAACCGAAACUCAACUCCUUCAAAACGUAGCAACAUUGGAAAUGGCAGGAAGCACAUUUGAAACCUUCGACCCAGCAGAGAACUGCCACAAAGAUCAAGAGGAAAUUAAGACAAAAGAAAUUCAUCCACAUUUAAAGCAAGACACGGCCAAAGGAAUAAACACAGGACUUAAUUGCAUCCAAGAUACCAAAACUAUUGCCGAAACUCGAUCUGUCACACCAUGCCUGGAACAGGAUGCGGCAUCUGACAUAAAUCCAUCUGAAAUCAGCGGCAUAGAGGAUAAGAGUGCACUCCUACUGGAAGAAAACAGAAAUGACACUACCAGCCCCCAAUUAAUUAAGAUUGAAAGCAUGAAUGCAUCUUCAAAACGCAAGGAGUCAAACACGGGAAUAACGAAUCACCUCGAAGAUGUUCAUACAGACAACAUUGUCAUCAGAGUUGUCCCAGCAGCAACAGAGAGUGACAGUGUGGAGAAAGAACAGAGCACAACGUGCUCUGAUGUGGCUGCAGCUGAGGAACAUCAACAUCAAGCAUCAUCAAUUGCGGUGGAAAACACGAGCGCAUCAAUCAAAAAUGAUAAAAAUAUACAUCCCACUUCAGAAGGCUGUGGGGAGCAGAGGAACGUUAAGAUGGAAGACAAACUAAGUGUACAAGACAAUGUAAGAAAAUUGACUGACUCAAUGAAAAACAUAGAUCAACACAAUAGCAUGAGUAUAAAUACAAAAAGAGAAGACAGGGGGACCGUCGUAGCACAGACUCCAAUUUCAAAUGUAGAAGCCAGUGAGGAAGACUAUUUCCAAGUUCAAGGGAUACCUGGAGCACUCUUUAGAAAUAAUAGCACACACGCAAAUGUCCCCGACGUUUCAAAGGGAGGGGAACAUUCCAACCAACCUUCGGAUCAGAGCACGUCCGUAUCUUCCACAAAACAUGUUCAAAAUGAGAGAAUGAGAAAAAGAGGCGCAACAGAAAAGAACGCUUUGAAGCAAAGCGAUCGUCCCUCGGAAUCACAGAACUGUGAAAAUAUGGCGGCUGCCCAAAUGGUGGAUGUGAGAAAACAACAUUCAGAUUUUAGAUCAAAUUUAUCAGUCAGGGAAAGACAUAACUCAAGAAAUUCACAGCUGGCAAGCGAGGAGUCAGAAGUCAAAUCAAAACCAAAGAAAAGAGUGUCUACAAUUCCUGAGAUAUCAGCCCUUGCGGACUAUGCCAGAUUAAAAGUCAUUGUUUCAGAAGACAGAGAAAACACAAUUCAGGAAUUUCCUCCUCACAAAAAAGAAGGAUUCUUUCCACUGAUACAGUCCCGUUAUGCCAGACGCCCAAUAUUCAGUGUUGACCCACAAGAGCCGCCUGUGAAAGACAAAAGUCCGCCCAAAAAGACAGAGGUCGACACCAAAGUCAACAAAGAGCCCAAACCAGUCGUGUUUCCCAUAACUGAGAAAGAGCAUCAGCGUACAGGGAUGUUCAAACUGGGAGAGAAAGAAAGACGAGAGAAAACCGUAUCUGAUGUCAAACAUCAUGAAGAACUUUUGGACAAAGAGCUACAACAGCCCACACAAAGAAAAGCAAUGCCAAAAGCUCAAGUUAAAAAUGAGGUCAACAGAGAAGAGGUCCCAAAGGUGGAUGGAGAAAUAGUUAGUCAACAAAAUAAUAAUCGUAGGCAAGACGCAACAUCAUCUUCCUUACUGCACAAAGCAAGAGAAAAUCCUCAGUCACAACAACAAAAACGACUCGAUGCUCCAAAUGCAACAGAAAACACGUCAGGAUUGACCUCAAUUAAUUGUUUGGUGCUCAGGGAAAAAGUCUCUGACACAAAACCCACUAUGGAGCCAAUUUAUCCAGAUGGGACUUCAAAAAUUAAAAACGAUAUAAAUAAAGACAGAGCAGGAGAAAGAAAUUCAGAAAAAUCAAGAAAAGAAAACCUUGACACUUGUCAAGAAGAGACAAAAGCCAAACGAGAGCAAGAGGAAAGCGCUUCCAAGAGAAGGCAAGAUACAAUUGCAGAAGACAUAAAAGCUAGGAUAGAAGAGAGGAGGGCAUUUAUAUCAGAAGAGAGAAAACGGGCUCAAAGAGAAGCGGCACGGUGGGAAAAACUCAAAGAAACGGCCCAAAGGAUGGAAGAGGAAAGAAAGGGAAAACAAAUCGAGGGUAGGCGAACCCAUCAAGGAAAGGAUGGAAGAAGAACAGAAAGAGAAGGAAGACACCCGCUGAAAGCCCAACAGGAAAGGGGAGAAAGCACAUCGGUUGGAGAAAGGAACAGACUGGAACAGAGACCGGGAGAGAGAACUGCUGAAGAGGAAGAGCAGAUGAGAGCUGUGCUCAUCGAGGAGCAACGUCUAGCCAAGAGGAUUGAGCAGCGGAGACUUGUGGAGGAGACAAGGAUCAAAAAGAUUCAAGAGCGCAUGAGAGAUGAGCAGAAGCGAGAAAGGCAAAAAAGAGUUGAACAGAUGACCCGUGAGGACAAAGGGACAACCCGUGCCGACCAAAAGCCAAACACGAGUGCAAAACCAAGAGAGGCCGAAGGUGAAGAGCUGAUAAUUGCCGAUGAUCUCGUGGCCAAUAGGGAAGAAGAACAUUUCACAACUCAAAGAAAGAAAGCCUCGACCAGCGAGGAGCAGAAACGGGCAGCACUCUUGAUGGAUGCUCUUCAGUACUACACCAUCAGCUCGAAAGAUAAGAAACCCAAAGAAAGACAAACACUCUCCCCACUACAAGAAAAGAAACAUCCAUCGGAGCCUCCGGAAGACUCUGGAUCGCACAGAAGGUCACACGGGCCACAUGCUCCUCCGUCUCCUGCUCCUCCUCUUCCACGCUCCAAUACUUCCUCCCCUGCUCUCGGAGCCAAAAUGUUGAUGUUCAGAGUGAAGGAUAACACCAGAGGUUCUUCUUUCACUAAAUCAGUUAAACCACGCUUUCAUAAGAAUUUUGCAGAAGAGUCCAGAGUGGGUUUACCGACGGAAGGGAAAGCAGAGCGAAGAGGGAAUGAACAGGAGAUAACGAGCCGGAACACCGGAACGCCCGUCCACCGCGACGCGAUCGCAGGCUUAAACCGACUCACUCCAAUUAACGAAUCCUCCGUCUCUCAGCCUGCAUCGACAUCACAAGAAUACUCAGCUCCUCUCCCACAUCACAGGCCCUUCUCCAGGAGAAGCGUCGCUCUGGACGACGACGACUCCCCAUCAGUCAUCAGUAACAUGUCCGAGGAUGUACAGAGUUUUGCCACCAGUGCUGCUGAUGUCGCAGAUUUGCGAGGACUGUAUGAUUACGAGAGGCCGGUGUCAGCCUGCAGCUUCAGCAGCGAUAUGUCGCGUUUGGGAAAACCUCCAGCUGUUCCACCAAAGAGUGACAAAGCCUUACGCAGGGCACAAAGACUCACGACUCGUAGGAUAAGGAAAGAGGUGACCCAAAGCGCAACAACCGACCCUGCAGAGAAACCACAACGGGAAGCCUCCAGUAGGCCUGCUUCUGCCUCCACCGAGGUACGCUCCUUAAACCGCCAUGCCGUGGCUUCUCCGCAUUUUGCCCCUCCCGUCUCGCUCACCCAUGCACCGACAUUUGGGCCGAGCUUACCCUCGACACACACAGAGAACCUGCACUCACGCCUCACUUUCCAUGCCUCCGCUCAUGCUACGGCUCCUGCCUCCCCCCCUGUCACUUCCCCUCAUGUCAUUGCACCUGUAUCAUACCCUCAGUACACUCCACCCAUGUUGCACCCAGUUGCUUCUCCUUCCCCUGCACCUAUAUUCACCGCUGCUCAUGCUGCCACUGCCGUCUCCCCACCUGUCACUGCACCUGCAUCACAUUCAAUUUCCUCCCCUCAUUCCGUCACGUCCGGACCGCACUCAGUUACUUUUCCUCACGCCACAACCGAUGUGUCCCUUCAUGCUGCCUCCCCUCACGUAACCUCCCCCGCAUCAUAUCAUUUGUCCUCACCUCCUUCCAGUGUACCUUUAAUGCACCAAGGUGCAUCCCCUCACAUCCCUCCCCCGCCAUCCCAGUCAGUCACCUCUCCUCAUACCACAGCUGCUGAGAAUCAUUCAGCCGCCUCUCCUCGUGUCCUGGCACCUGUAAACCAUCCACCCGCCACUUUUCACGUCACUUCUUCUGUAUCCAAUCCAGUUGCCUUCCCUUACAUGCCCGCCCUUGUCUCCCAUCCAGUUGCCACCCCUCACGUCACAGCACCUAUCUCCUUUCCAGUGUCCUCCCCUCAUGCUUCUGCCCAGAUGACACACCCUCCUACUCCAAAGAUGGUUCAACAUGUUCCUUCUUCUCCCACGGUCCAUUAUGCUCCCCACCCAGCUCCAGUGACACAGUACCAUGUAGAGUCAAGCUAUCCCCAGUCCUAUCCACUAACCCAGCACAAGGUGUUGCAAGACCUUGGCUCAGGCCGAUAUUUUCUUGUAGAUGCACCUAUUGAGGUGAAAACAAAGACUUUCUUUGAUCCAGAGACAGGAAAAUAUGUUCAACUCAAUGUCCGUCAAUCUGGCCAGAACAUCUUUCAACCUCAUCUCCAGCCUGUGUUGACCCAGCCACUAUUCCCUCAUCUGAAUUUACCACCCCAAUUGCAGCUCAAGCAGCAACCCGAGCUUCUCUCACAUAGUUCUCCAGCUGAGAAGCCUUUCACACUUUAUGAAGGCUCCCAAGCGUAUCCACAAGUUUACAAAUCCCAAGGGAUGUCCUCUAUGCCUUCCCAGAGCCUACCCUCAGGAGUGGUCGUCCAGGAGGAACCGUAUUUCAUCAAUAACUGCAAAACAAAUCAGUCAAAUGAAACAGGCCAGAAAUCUGAAGGUCAACGCUACAGUCCUGAGCAGACGCCCUACAUGGAUACGGUUAAUGACACCAACAAAACACAAAACACUGUUUACAGCACGCAUGAAUCCUUCCCACAGUGUGACACAAACCAGCUUGCAGGAAUCCUUUGUGAAAAUGAUAACUCAGCCCUCUCAAGGUGUCGGCCAUGUGAUAUCAUAUCUAUGAGUGAGCUGGAUGAUUUUAUGGAGAUGAGCGACUGGUGAGUUGUGAGGGUGGCGGGUGGGAGCGUGAAAAAAAGGAAGUUGCUUUGAUAUUGUGGUGAACGUCUGUGUAAACAAUGCAAUACAGUCCAAUAAGUAUUUUAUUUAUAUGGUGAUGUUUUUCAUGUUAAAAAAAAAAAAAGUCUUUUUGGUUUGUCCCUGUGAAAUGCUGUUACAUCACUCAUGCUUAGCUUAUGCUACAGUUCACCAUUCCAUUGCCCAUUUAUGAAUGUGAGAAAUGAAAGUUUCUCCCUUAUGUAAACAUAAUUAUAGCACAACUUUUGGUCUUGUGAUGCAUGUCUUGUCACGCUAUAAUGCCACUGAAGGUUCUGAUGUAAAGCACUGUUUCAUGAAGCAGCAUAUGAAGCUGUUGUAAAGUGUCAUACAAAAGUCACUAUAUAAUGUUGGAAGUUGUGUUUUGCGGUGAAACAAAGCAGUGUGACAUGCACUAAAAAUACACUUGACUCAACAGAAUAACUGCUCAGCCAAAUGACUUCCUGACAGAAAUCACCGGACUGUUGCAGAUUUCAUUUUGUGACUUGAAUAAACACAAUAAAUGCAACAAGAAGAUAUUACUGUUACCUGUUUUGACUAUUGAAAUGUUCCCUGGGUCUGAAUGACUGAAAUUAAACAUCUUUUCUGCUGAGUGCGUACAACAAUUAUGAAGGGCUGUUUAGAGCGCAUUGAUAGGUCCUAAGAGAGUUAAUAAACAAAAGAAAGAUUUUGCAGCA